AUUUGUACAGCCAAUAUUUAAAAAUAUUAAUUAAAUAUGCAUUUGAAGAAGAAAAUAACAAUUAAAAAUUAUCGUUAAAAAGCACUCUUAAGUUCACUUGUUGUUAGUAUUCGUCUUAAUUUUAAGUGUGAAACAAAAAAUGAAGAUUCUUAUCCUACUUAUCCCUUUAAUCGUUGGAUUUAAUUUGAUAUCAGCACAGAUUCCACCUCGAUUCGCAAGCCUGAUGCAAGCUCAUCUGCAAUGUCAGUCAUCCUCGGGAGUAUCACCAGCUCUCCUGGGAGGCAUAAGUUCGGGCAAUAUUCCUGACGACCCAUCUGUUAGAAGGCAUCUACUUUGCAUUAACCAAAGACUGGGUAUACAAGAUAGCAGCGGCAAUCUUCAGAUGGACACGAUAUCACAAAUGGCGAACACAAUGGCGCCUCCUGGUGUCGACAGAAUAACUAUUCAACAGGUUGUCAGUAGAUGUGCAAUACAGAGAAGUAAUCCAGAAGAUACAGCUUUUCAAAUGGACCGAUGCCUACUUCAAUCUGGAACUUCUAUGAUAGGUUAAAAUAGGGAUGCAUCCAAUACUGUAGAGAAAAUUGGGUUUGGAAUUGAAUACCUUGAUAGAAGAAGGGGAUGAACGUCUUUGUUUUUAGAUGUUUUGAAAAGACAACACAAAGAAAUAUCGUUUUUUUUGCAUAAACGUAAGAACUAGGGUAAUCUGUUAUAUAAAAAAAUAUUUAUUUGAUUAUUUGCAUGAACGGAAUCAUUUUAACGUUAAUGACAAAAUUAGAACAAUGACAGCGGUAUAAGUCAUCAUGACAUUAUGUUCUUGCAUCAAAUUUGUGAAGGUAACAAGUCAAAAGUGCUUACCUAUAUCGUGUUUAGUAAUAGUAAAAUUUCGUCCCGUUCUCACAGCAAACGAUAGCGUUUAUGCUUUGUAGAAGCUGUAUAGUGGAAUAUAUCAAUUUCAAAAACAUAUUGACUCAUCCCUUUUUACACCAAGGCCUUCAAUUUAAAACCAACUAUUGGAUAAAAAAAACCAUUUAAAUACGUAAGAAGUAAU